CUCAUCGACAGCGAUGUGUAUGUUUUUUUUUUUUGCUUUUUCGAUUGGUUCCUUUAAUACUUGUUUCUUUUUUUAGUUCCUUCCCAACUGUUUUGUUGACUCAAUCACUCAACUUACAAGCCGUUGUAUAAACAUGUCACACCGUCCAAUUGUUGUUUCAGGUCCAUCUGGUGCUGGUAAAUCUACCUUGCUGAAGAGACUGUUCAAAGAGUACCCAGACAGAUUUGGAUUCUCAGUGUCGAACACCACGCGUCAGCCGAGACCAGGUGAGGUUGACGGCAAGGAUUACCACUUUGUCAGUGUCGACGAGUUUAAGAAGUUGAUAGAUGAGAAUGCCUUCAUCGAAUGGGCCCAGUUCUCCGGUAACUAUUACGGUACAACGGUUAAAGCAGUUCAAGACGUUGCCAAGUUGGGUAGGGUUUGUAUAUUGGAUAUCGAUAUGCAAGGUGUGAAAUCCGUUAAGAACACGGAUCUUAACGCAAGAUACUUGUUCUUGUCGCCUCCAUCGAUUGAGAUCUUGAGACAGAGAUUAGAAGGUAGAGGUACGGAGACACAGGACUCCUUGGAGAAGAGAAUUGGCGCUGCAUCUGCAGAGAUGGAAUACGCAAAGAGUGGCGCCCACGAUCAAAUCAUCAUCAACGACGACCUUGAAAAGGCUUAUAAAGAGUUGAAGGACUUCAUCCUCCAAGAAUGAACACAAGUUUAGAACAGUUUCAACGAGUAAACGUUUGAACAAUCACACCUUAAUCGUAAAAACGCCUAGUAUUUUCAUCGUUUAAGUAAAUCCAAUGGAUCCUUCGUCUUAGAGCAUAACUCCAUCAUCAGUUUGUAUUCAACAAGCUGCUUUUGUUCAUCGACAAUGUUCUUCUUGGCCCGUUUCCGUUGACGAACAUUCGGUAAACCUGGUGAACUCGACAGGCAACUGGACAUCCUUCUUGUC